AACUCUCAACAGCGCCACUAGCUCCCGCGUAUGAACUCCACGCAGAUAAACAGCCAGACGGGGUGCAGAGGUGCAAUCACGAGAAGCGGAGGUUUCAAAUGCUGGUAUUAAAUACUUGUCAAGAAUGUCCCUGACUACGUCUGAGACCAGGACGCUGCAGUACCUACUGCAGGUGUCCAAACCUGCCCACAAUCCACUGGUGACUGUAGCUGGGCUCACGGCCAUCUUUGAGUUUGUCAAGUCCACAUAUGACUGGAAGGUUGUGCAGUACCUGUUGGAGGAGGGCCUGGCCGAUGUACUGGUCAGCUGUCUGGACACCUGGACGCCGGGGGGCAAGAACCAGGACAUACAUGGUGUUCUCGUGAUGCUCGCGUUGAAAGUCACCCACCACCUUGCAUCCAUGUCUCCACUUGUUCUGCGCCCGCUGAUGACAGUCAGAUUUUACACAUCCCUACUUCAAUUGACAGACACCAAAGGAGACUUUUUCAGAUUCUCUUGUGAGUUUCAGGAAAUGUUUUCCCUCUUAACACGGGGAAAACAGCUGAUAGCAAAUGUUGUCAUGGAAACAGUUGGCGGAGAUGUUAAACAACAUCUUGGAAACAUCCUGAAAUAUCCCAUAGACCUGCCUGGACGUAUCUACAGGUGCAGCUGCUUCGACACCAGUGGUGAGACGGACGUCAACAUCACACAGCAGCUGAUGAGCAAAGGUCUGGCCUGGCCCACCUUAAAUAUCCAGGGAGGAGAACUGAAGGACUGGAAGGACGUGAUUGUCACCGAGCAUCUCAGGGAUCAGUACUUCUAUGCUCUUCUUGGUGAGGCGGCAAUUAGGCAGGCAGCUGCCAUUAAGUCCCUCAUAGAAAAUGUGAAGGGUGAUCUACAUGUGGCAGCCAUCGAGGUUGGAAAGAUUGUGCUCAUGGUUGUUGUUCGAGAUGGGCAGCUGGAACAUGUCCGAGGUCAGGUUGUCAGCUAUGUUGGAGAAUGGGUGAAGGCGACGAUGUUGGAGUACGGAGGGGUGAGGGAAGUUCGGCUGAAGAAUGUUUUUGAGUUGCCAUCUGCUCUCAGCCUCAUGUACUUCCCUGCCCAGACUUCCCUGUGCUACUUGGCAGGUGUGCAAGCCCCGCCCAGUGAUGUAUACACUCUGCAGCUGGCCUUAGCAUCCAUGUGUAACCUCAUCCGCUACUGUGUCGCAUCAGGGUUGACUUUGUUGAAGACUGGUUGUUUGACAUACUUGCUGCCAGUCCUGCGCUGCCCAGACUCCAGCCUGGUGCUACAGACUCUCCGCAUCCUCAACAACCUCGCCACCAACCCCCACACCGACAAGACUGUAUUUGAACCAGUUCUCCAUGACCUACUUGAGCUGUUGAGGAGUGUGCCUGACAAGGGUUGGAGCGUCAACGUGAGGGAGGACACCAGCUACACCUGCAUGUCCUGCAUCGCCAACAUCCUCACUUUCUCCAGACACUACCGCUCGGUCUUCUACCAGAACGAGGGAUUGUCAACUGUACUACGAAUCAUGGUGUGCUACAAACCAUUCAGACCCGUUUACAAGAUGGGCACUCAGCUUUUGCGCAACUUCCUGUAUGUGACAGAGGUGAAGGCCACACAGCGAGGAACCCCAGAUGGUGUUGAGGCCCCAAAGGCUGACACGGUGACUGCAGGAAGCACUAGUUUGGACCAGACAAACAGUCCUCAGCGGCCGGUCACCUUCCAGGCAGAGGACAUCAGCUCUAGUGAGGAGGACGAGGGGGAUACAAAUGGAGGACGUCGUGCGUCCCCCACAACAGGUGCAGCAUUUGUAGAUGGUGAUGUUGUGGCCAUCAACUCAGGGGAGAUGCAGGACACUCCAGACCAGCAGUACAUCUAUGGUUCUCGGGUGGAUUUCUGUAAUGAUGUGACACAUGAAAUCCGACCCCCUAAAGAGUUGUCCCAAGUCUCCGCCCUGGCCAUCGCGGAUGUCGCCUGUGGGAUGCUGAACAGUCGUGGUGGCUCUAUCUACUUCGGUGUGUCUGAGGACCAGAUUGUCCAGGGCAUCAAGAUUAAGCGUGAAGUCCGAGACUCCUUCCGUCUGGGUAUUGAUGACAUGAUGAUUAAGCAGAUCUCACCGCCUGUGUUGUACAUCCAGUUUGAGCUGAUUUACACGCCUGUCUUCAAGGCCACGUACAGACCCCCACCACAUGACUACAUCCAGGUGACAGAUCUGUACAUUGUAGAGCUCCGAAUUCGACCAAGUCGAGGUACUCUCCACUCAACCAAGGACUGUCUCUACAGGUUCGGUGCCAGAACACUUCCUCUCACUAUCAAGGAGGUGAGAGAGCUAGUUGUGGUAGCCGAAGAAGAUGUAUACAAAGAGGAAAUAUUCAGUCUGAGACAGAAACUGAAGAACCUGAGAGACCGGAGGCUCACAUCCUGAAUAUACAAGUUUUAUAUUUGUGGACUGAUCUACCCAGAGUACCUACCCCAUGGAUAAAGUUGUGUCCCAGUGGGGAUACAGGUGAAUAUGUGACCUCAUGUGUGUGUCCCAGUGGGAAUAUAGGUGAAGAUGUGACCUCAUGUGUGUGUCCCAGUGAUGAUACAGAUGAAGAUGUGACCUUAUGUUUCCGUCCCAGUGGGGAUACAGGUGAAGAUGUGACCCUGUGUUUGUGUCCCAGUGGGGAUGAAGGUGAAGAUAAGACCUCUUGUGUGUGUCCCAGUGGGGAUAGAGUUGGGGAUGUGACCUCAUGUGUGUGUCCCAGUGGGGAUAUAGGUGAAGAUAAGACCUCAUGUGUGUGUCCAAGUGGGGAUAGAGUUGGGGAUGUGACCUCAUGUGUGUGUCCCAGUGGGGAUAUAGGUUAAGAUAUGACCUCAUGUUUCCAUCCCAUUCAGGGUAGCGGGGAUAAUGUGACAUCUUGCUUGUCUCCCAGCUUAAUAUGAGUUGACCACCUGAUGCCUGGGAGGAAUCCCCUGGAAGUACAGGUAAAAUAAGAGGCACUGUCCUCACCUGGAGUAGGCCCCUGGAAGUACAGGUCAAAUAAGAGGCACUGUCUUCACCUGGAGUAGGCCCCUGGAAGUACAGGUCAAAUAAGAGGCACUGUCUUCACCUGGAGUAGGCCCCUGGAAAUACAGGUCAAAUAAGAGGCACUGUCCUCACCUGGAGGCCCCCAGAAGUGCAGGUCAAAUAAGAGGCCCUGUCCUCACCUGGAGGCCCCCAGAAGUGCAGGUCAAAUAAGAGGCACUGUCCUCACCUGGAGGCUCCUAGAAGUACAGGUCAAAUAAGAGGCACUGUCCUCACCUGGGGCAAACCCCUGGACGUACAGGUCAAAUAAGAGGCACUGUCUUCACCUGGAGUAGGCCCCUGGAAGUACAGGUCAAAUAAGAGGCACUGUCUUCACCUGGAGUAGGCCCCUGGAAGUACAGGUCAAAUAAGAGGCACUGUCCUCACCUGGAGGCCCCCAGAAGUGCAGGUCAAAUAAGAGGCACUGUCCUCACAUGGAGGCCCCCAGAAGUACAGGUAAAAUAAGAGGCACUGUCUUCACCUGGAGGCCCCUGGAAGUACAGGUAAAAUAAGAGGCACUGUCCUCACCUGGAGGCCCCCAGAAGUACAGGUAAAAUAAGAGGCACUGUCCUCACCUGGAGUCCCCUGGAAGUACAGGUCAAAUAAGAGGAACUGUCUUCACCUGGAGUAGGCCCCUGGAAGUACAGGUCAAAUAAGAGGCACUGUCUUCACCCGGAGUAGGCCCCUGGAAGUACAGGUCAAAUAAGAGGCACUGUCCUCACCUGGAGUAGGCCCCUGGAAGUACAGGUCAAACAAGAGGCACUGUCCUCACCUGGAGGCUCCUAGAAGUACAGGUCAAAUAAGAGGCACUGUCCUCACAUGGAGGCCCCCGGAAGUGCAGGUCAAAUAAGAGGCACUGUCCUCGCCUGGAGGAGGUGACACUCGGAUGCCAAGGUCAUUUUGUUGGUGAAGAUGAAUAAAGUUUAUUUCUGAUA